AUCAUUAGCAUAUCAAUCCUCCAUAUCAUUAGCAUAUCAAUCCUCCAUAUCAUUAGCAUAUCAAUCCUCCAUAUCAAUAGCAUAUCAAUCCUCCAUAUCAUUAGCAUAUCAAUCCUCCAUAUCAAUAGCAUAUCAAUCCUCCAUAUCAUUAGCAUAUCAAUCCUCCAUAUCAAUAGCAUAUCAAUCCUCCAUAUCAUUAGCAUAUCAAUCCUCCAUAUCAAUAGCAUAUCAAUCCUCCAUAUCAUUAGCAUAUCAAUCCUCCAUAUCAUUAGCAUAUCAAUCCUCCAUAUCAUUAGCAUAUCAAUCCUCCAUAUCAAUAGCAUAUCAAUCCUCCAUAUCAUUAGCAUAUCAAUCCUCCAUAUCAAUAGCAUAUCAAUCCUCCUCCAUAUCAUUAGCAUAUCAAUCCUCCAUAUCAUUAGCAUAUCAAUCCUCCAUAUCAUUAGCAUAUCAAUCCUCCAUAUCAAUAGCAUAUCAAUCCUCCAUAUCAUUAGCAUAUCAAUCCUCCAUAUCAAUAGCAUAUCAAUCCUCCAUAUCAUUAGCAUAUCAAUCCUCCAUAUCAAUAGCAUAUCAAUCCUCCAUAUCAUUAGCAUAUCAAUCCUCCAU